AUGAUCUCUCGCUUGCUGGGGCUGCCUCCCCAGAUCAAGACGGCCACAGAAGCAGCGUCUUAUAUGAUGGAUCAGUUUGCAAACAAAGUCACAAAGCGGAGCCAGUUCAUCGAUUCAAAUCAGCUACAACAACUGGCGGUGAUGCUUGGUCGACCAGUCCUUAAUGGCCACGACAUAAGCAGGAUGAACGUUCCCGCAGGCACACCGAUUCCUUCAGCACACCAUCUUGUCUAUUUUACACCAAUGGAGCUUGAGAGUCAACUGGGUGCUGACGGAAGUGACCGCACUUUCAAUGCGCCCGCCCCGUUCACAAGGAGGAUGUGGGCAGGUGGCCAUAUGAAGUUUGAUAAAAGUAACCCCUUGAGGGUUGGAGAGGAAGCAGAAGAGCACACAAAGUUGAUCAGUGCGGUUGCGAAGACGAGCAGAUCCGCGGGCGAGAUGGUACUCGUUGAAGUAGAAAAGAAGAUUCAUGGAUCAAGGGGCCUGGCACUUGUCGACAAAAGGUCGUGGGUUUUUAGGCCAAUGUUAUCUUCUAAUCCUCAGGGGGGCGUAGCGCUUAGAAGAAUCGACGGCAAUAUCCUAGCUCCAUCAUCUGUCUCUGAUGUAAUAAAUGACAGCAGUGAGGGCCACCCUGGUAUUGUUGUCCACGGGCCCCUGAAUGUUAUCAAUUUGUUGGACUAUUGGAGAGAUAUUCACGGAGAGGGCGCAGGGCCAGAUGAGAUUAUCUACCGGGCAAUGUCACCUGUUUAUGGAGGAGAGGAAUACCGAAUUCGGACGGUAGAUAUAAACGCGACGAAUUCUAGUCGAGUGUUUGAUGUAGUUGCAGAGAAGGAUGGGAAUGUUAUCAUGAAAGCUUCUAUAAUCAAAAAGAUAUAA